UCGAGCCUUGGAUCAUUGCUUCAGACCACGUCAUCCAAAACAUAGAUACCUAAAUCUCUGCUCUCGGUUGAAAGCAAGCAGGCUUCGCCCGCCCGAAUCCAGGCGGCGUAUUAUUUUUGUUCCACCUAUGGCAAAAGCAGCUGCUCCCUUUUCCAAGCCAACCUGGGCCACAGGUUCCUGCCGCCCGCCUGCCUUGCGGCUGCCCCCGGAGGGAGGAGACAGCCUCGGGUCUCCAGAAAUUGCCCCCGAUGCAGAAGGUGACCCGCAGAAGCUGGAGGCUUGGAUUGAGGAGAGGAAGAGGCUCCGAUCUCAGCUGGAGAGCGUUGCGGACGUAGAAAAAUGGCUGAUGGGAAAGCCUUCCCUUAGCAGUCAGGAAGAAAGAGUCUGGGAAAGAAUAAAGGCGUGCAGAGCAGACAGGAGGGCUGAAAGCAAAUCAGCUGCAACCCGCAGCCUGGGCUGCUCAGCGCCAGCGAGCGGCCAGCCCUGGCAGGGAGGUCACCCUCCCCUUAUUCGUGCACUGUACCCCACGGCGCUUGUCAGGCUGCAUAACCUCCUGCGCAAGCAGAAGCUGACGAUGGUGGAUGCGUUCAAGAGGGCUGGUAUGGACAGGAGGAAGAUCACGAGAGCAGACUUCAUUCGAGUCAUCAAAGCGACCGAAGUUCCCAUCAGCGACAAGGACCUGGAGACUGUGAUCAUCUUCCUGGCUUCCUCAAAGAGGGGGGAUUUUAUAAGCAAUGAAGAUCUGAUUGAAUGUCAAAAGCAGUGGCUGGAAAUGAUGAAAGGACAAUCCAGAGAGACCAAAACAGGUGUACAAGCGCAGUUCCAUAAAACCACUUGCACAACUGUCAGUUGCGUGACUUCUGCUGGGGGCAAAGCCGAAGAGAUGAAGCCUUGUGCUCCUGCCAAGCCUGAAACACAGUUAAUGCUGUUAGAAGUUCCCCCAGCCAACACCGAGCCAGAACGCAGAUAUCUAAGCUACGAUGAAAUGGAAGAGACCGGAAAACAGUUCAGAGACAGGAGGCGAUGGAAGAAGGACAAAGACAGCCCGCUAGAAUGGAAAGAAAAGUGUCGGCUGGUGAGAUCCGGGGAUGCAGCCGUUGAUGAGCACUGCCUGCCAUCAACUGCAGAGGGUGACAUGGGAGCACUGGUGGACCAGUACCGCAGGGAUUGCUUCCUGAGCUAUCUGAAGAGCCUCAAGCUGUGCAGGGAACACAACAGUCGUCUCACGGAGCUAACGCUGCAAAAAGCCCUGCUGCACCCGGGAGACAAGAUCAUCAAAGAGGGAGAAGAUAUAAGGCAGAUCAGGCAGCCUGGAGGAUCCUACACCACAGCACGUGAUCCCGCUCCAUCGCCUGUGAGCACAUCCAGAUCAAGAACUGCAGCCAGAAAGCGGGCUGAAGAGGCGGAAAAUAGGCAGUUUCAAAGGAAUAAAAUGCAAAUGAAGUUUGCGCACAUGAGCAAGUCAAAUGACAAUAACUUCUGGCCAGGUCAUCUUCUGGACAAGAUACGCCUUUACCUACCCGAGAUGGAGCCUGGCAGGGCACACGCCUUGUUCAGCUACGUCCGUUCAAGCAAGCCUGUCUGUCCUGGCCUCUACAGCCCUGACCGGAGCUGACUCUGGGGAGGAAGGGCGCUCAACCUACGGAGACGCUGUAUUCAGACAGACCCGUUCCUUCUGAAGUUGUUCUCUCAGCAGUGCGAGAUGUGAGCACGGCUUUGUGAUCCGUCAGUCAGCUCGCGGGAUCUGGGCCCUGCUGAUGGAGAAA